GCGUUAGUAGGAAGUGGUAUAUGAGGAGAGAACCCGCCAGUGGACGAGCCGUUAAAUGCGACUCUGAAAUAUCUGUCUGGAUAAAUUGUCGUUGAUUACUCACCUUUAAACCUCAUUGUUAAGACGUAAAUUCACGAAAGUCUUACGGGUUUGGAAAAACACGAGGUAAACAGAAAGAUGUCACCAGAUGAAUUAGUCUACCUAGGAAUCCUUGCUGCAUCAAUACCUGUAGGAUUCCUUUUCCGCUACCUAAGCCCUCCAGUCAAGCAGGGGGCCGCAUUGCUUACUGGUUUGAUCAUCACCAUAGCAACCUGUGGGAUCCACACUCUACACUCCCUUUGCACAGUGUUAGGAACAUGGCUAAUUAUAAAGAUUAACUGGAAGAGUGCCCCUUCUUUGUCUUUGGGCUGGACAUUUCUUUACCUCCUUUUUUUUCGUCUGGUUACUUGGUUUGGCCUCCCACACCCAACACCAUUUGCCAACGCCAUUCAGCUUCUUUUAACAUUAAAGAUGGUCAGUUUAGCCAAUGAGGUUCAAAGUUAUCACUUGGAGAAGAAACAGGAAGUGAGCGCCUUCACCAAGUCCCCAGUGGUUGGAGUACUUUCCCAUGAGCCCUCACUGUAUGACAUUAUAUCAUAUAGCUACUGCCAUGUGGGAAUAGUGACAGGUCCCUUCUUCCGUUAUCAGACGUAUGUAGACUGGUUGCAGCAGUCCAGUCCUCUGUCUCUGCCGGGUAAAGAGCCCUGCCUUCAGAGGGUGAAGAUGGUACCUGUUUACGGAGCUCUCUUUCUAGCUGUCAACUCUGUCUUUCCCUUGUCCUAUGUCCACACUGAAGAAUUCUUGGAGCACAACUAUUUUUAUAGGUUUUUCUACAUGGUGGCAAUAUUCUUUGUAUUCCGGAUGCGUUUCUACUCAGCAUGGUGUGGCGCAGAGGCAGGCUGCAUCAGUGCAGGCCUAGGCUGUUACCCCCAGGGGGCGCUGUCCAAACCUGGAGGAGGGCCAACUGUGAAAUAUAGCCCUGAUCCAGACACAGCCGUGGAGUAUGAUUUUAAGACGAUCCAGAACAUUGACUGUUAUAACACAGAUUUCUGUGUGAAGGUGCGACACGGCAUGCGAUACUGGAACAUGACUGUGCAGUGGUGGCUUCAUAACUACAUUUACCCCAAUGCCCCUUUCAGAGCAUAUGCUCUCAGGGCUGGAUGGACUAUGUUAAUCAGCGCUUACUGGCACGGCCUCCAUCCUGGUUACUACCUCUCCUUUCUCACCAUCCCACUCUGCAUUGCAGCAGAAUCGGCCAUGGAGGCCUCUGUCAGGGCCCGUUUGGGUCCCACAGGCCAGAAUAUCUUUGACUGGGUCCAUUGGUUCCUCAAGAUGAGGGCUUACGACUACAUGUGUAUGGGGUUUGUUCUCCUGAAGGCUAGUGACACCAUCAACUACUGGAGUUCCAUAUAUUUUAUAAUUCACAUCAUCGCAUUUGUUUGUAUAGGAGUAGGACAAAUGAUGAAAGGGGGUAAAAAGAAAGAAAGGAGGGAAGAAGGUGAGGGAGAUAAAAAGGUGAAGAAAGAGGAUGUGCUGAGAGAGAAGGCUGAGUGAUAUGAAUGUGUAAAUGAUUGUGCUGUAGAUGGAGAGGUGGUAUGUUUACAAAAAAAGGAAAAACAAACAUGGUAAUAGCCAUUAACUGCCACUUAGAUAUUGUUUGAGCUUUUUAAAAUGAUGAAAAUUUGAAGUAUUUUUUUUGUUACAAAAACAACAGGGAAAAGAGUAAUAGAAUGAUAUCAACACAAGGACACCAAUCUUUAUUUUUUUUUUUAACAGUGAAAAUGUAUUUCAGUCUUAAGUGAAUUUGGGCCAGUAAAUAAAUGCUUAGUAAAUAUAUUGAAGUCAAACAGCUAUACGUGCACAUUCCAAACGCUUGUCUCUGUUGUUUUUGUGUUCUUUAAUGAAUGAUUUGACAUAUUUUAAAAAUGUUUCCUUUAUGUUUGCCACUGAAAAGCCAUGUAUAACUACCAUAUAGAUUAAUGCUGACCAGAUUAGUACUGUUUAAAUGAUACUCUUUUUCUAAGUUGAUUUAAUGAAGAGAGAUUUGUAAUAUAGGUUAAUCGUGGUGCUCUUUUAAACAGUGGGCCUGGGACUAGAUUUCAGCUCUCCCACAGAGCACUUCUAACUGAACAUGUCAGUUUACAAAAAAGACCAUCUAAUAAAUGUUACACACGUAUCAAUAGUUUUAGCACAAAUGUAUGGAGUUGUAUGCUCUAAUGGUGUCAUUGACAUAAUGCAACAUUUGGAACAACAAAAGCACUGAAAGAAAAAUAUAUGGGAUUUGAAAAGUU